UCUUCUGAUUCUUCGCUUAUGAUUAUUAUGAUUUCUAAAAAUGUUAUUGAAAUAGACGCCAAUAAAACUUGCAUCAACAAUAUUAGUAAUUAUGGAUCAACAAUAAUAACUUCUUCAUCGGUAUCAAG